AGAGGGCUGGCAUUGAGUGGCGGACAGAAGGCUAGGCUGAGUCUGGCCCGGGCUCUGUACCACUCGGCAGACAUCUACCUCUUGGACGACCCCUUGAGUGCUGUCGACACACGUGUGGCCAAACAUCUCUUCCAGAAAUGUUGUGUUGAGUACUUGAAGGAAAAGGCGACGAUUUUAGUGACGCAUAGCAUUCAGUUUCUCAAAGACGCGCAUCAAAUACUUGUGCUCAACGACGGCGAGUGUGUGGCCAUCGGGUCCUACAGUCAGCUCAAAGAGCGCGGCAUUGACCUCAUGGCAUAUCAGAGACAAACCGAUGGACCAAAUGAUAGGAGAGCUGUGAAAAGGAAAACAUCUGUCACACCAUCGAUAGUCUCAUGUCUUAGUGAGGGAUCGGAAGUGACGGACGGUUGGGAACCGAUAGAAGCGGACGAACAGGAAGUGAAGGCCGAACUUAAAAUGAUUGGAUCCGUUGAGUCCAGUGUUUACAUGGAUUACAUUAAGGCUGGCGCCGGACCUCUGCUCAUAACUCUAACCGCUUUGUUUACAAUAUCAUCACAAGUUCUGACUCAAGGAAGCGAUUAUUGGUUGAGCUUAUGGACCAAUCAAAUUAGUGAAAUCCCCGAAGAAGUGGAUCAGAUAUUCAAUAUAUUAAUCUAUACGAGUAUAACCUGUGGUCUGUUUGUGUCGGCCCUGUUGUCCACCACUUGUUUCUACAUAAUGUGUAUGAGAUCUUCGGUUAAUCUCUAUAACAGAAUAUUCUGUGCGUUAUUGCGAUCACCGAUACAUGUGUUCGAGAGCUCACCCAUUGCCCGGAGUCCGGUGUACUCUCACGUGAACACAACGCUGUGUGGGCUGACAUCGAUCCGUGCGUUUGGCGCACAGCAUAUGUUUGAGCGUCAGUUUGAAGUCCACCAAAACGACAACACCUCUACUUUUUUCUUAUUCAUCUGCACUUCACGAGCACUCGGAGUACUAAUGGACACCAUUUGCAUAUUAUAUCUCAUUGCUGUUAUCGCUUAUAUUAUGACCAAUACUAACACAUUAUCGCUAACGGGUCUGAUUCAAUAUGCUAUCAAAUGCUCGGCCGAUACGGAGUCCUAUAUGACUUCCGUCGAGCGACUGCUCGAAUACACGGCUAUUAAACCCGAGGCAGAGCUCGAGUCCACUCCCGAUCGGAAACCGCCCAAAAAUUGGCCACAAAUGGGAGAAAUAGUGUUCAAAGAUAUGAGUCUUCAAUACAACGAAUCGCCGCAUAAAGUGCUCAAAGAUAUCAAC